GAAAGCAUUUGCAUUCUUUCUCCGAAACAUUAAUAUUGCCUCUACUAUCCUUCAGUCCUGAUCAUUACUUUACUCUUCAGCUAAUGUUUCUGAGCGCUGCAAUUUGAUCUUUAAAGUCGCCAGGAUGGUGGAAUCCGAUCAACUCAAACACCAUAUUGAGAACAAGAUCAUUCUAUUUUAGAAUGCGGAAAGAAAAACGCAAACAAUCCAAAGAUGAAGAAAAUGAUUCAUCCUCGCGAAAGAGAAGAAAAGCUGACCUCACUGCCAUGACAGAGCCAGAUUCUUCUCGAUCUAGACCACAAUGGGCCUAUGAUGUCUUUUUGAGUUUUAGAGGAAAAGAUACUCGCAAGACAUUUACAGAUCAUCUAUAUACUGCCUUGGUUCAAGCAGGAAUCCACACUUUUCGAGAUGAUGAUGAACUUCCUAGAGGAGAAGAAAUCUCCCAACAUCUCCUCGAGGCAAUUCAAGAAUCAAAGAUAUGUAUAGUGGUCUUCUCAAAAGGAUAUGCUUCUUCUAGAUGGUGUCUUGAUGAACUUGUGGAGAUUCUGAAGUGCAAAUAUAGGAAAACUGGUCAGAUUGCUCUUCCUAUAUUCUAUGACAUUGAUCCUUCAGAUGUGAGAAAACAGACUGGCAGUUUUGCAGAAGCAUUUGUUAAACAUGAAGAACGUUCUGAAGAGAAGGUGAAGGAGUGGAGAGAAGCUCUUGAAGAGGCAGGAAAUCUAUCUGGAUGGAAUCUCAAAGAUAUGACAAAUGGGCAUGAAGCAAAAUUUAUCCAACAUAUUAUCAAGGAAGUGUGGAAUAAAUUGUCUCCCAAGGACAUGAAUGUUGGUACUCACCCAGUAGGUAUUGAUCCCCUUGUCAACGAAAUCAGAGACUUCGUAAGUAAUGGAACAGAGAAGGUUUGCAUUGUGGGCAUACAUGGGAUGCCCGGAAUAGGAAAGACGACUAUAGCAAAAGAAGUAUUUGAUAAACUCUGCGAUGAAUUCGAGGGAAGCUCUUUUCUUUUGAAUGUCAAAGAAAAAUCAGAAUCUAAGGAUAUGGUUCUUUUACAGAAACAACUUCUUCAUGAUAUUUUAAGACAAAAUACUGAGAAGAUCAAUAAUGUUGAUAGAGGAAAGGUUCUGAUUAAAGAACGACUUCCGCACAAAAGAGUUCUUGUUGUUGUUGACGAUGUGGCUCGUCCAGACCAACUACUUGAUUUGAUGGGAGAGCCAAGUUGGUUAGGCCCUGGAAGUAGGGUAAUAAUUACAACUAGAGAUGAAAGCUUACUUCUUGAAGCUGAUCAAAGAUACCAGGUUCAAGAGUUGAACCGGGAUAACUCCCUUCAGCUUUUCUGUAGGCAUGCGUUUAGGGACACCAAGCCAGCAAAAGAUUAUGUUGAGCUUUCGAAUGAUGUAGUUGAAUACUGUGGAGGACUUCCUUUAGCUCUUAAGGUUUUAGGUUCUUGUUUGUAUGGGAAAAACCAAGCUAGAUGGGAAUCUGUAAUUGACAGAUUGAGAAAAUUUCCAAACAGUGAAAUUCAGAAAAAACUUAGAAUAAGUUUUGACACACUGGAUGAAUCUACACUAAAGAAUACAUUUCUUGAUAUUGCAUGCUUCUUUAUUGGUAGAAAGAAAGAAUACGUAGCAAAAGUGCUAGAAGGACGUUAUGGUUACAAUCCAGAAGAUGAUUUCGGAACUCUCAUUGAACGGUCUCUGAUUAAAGUUGAUGAUUCUGGAACGAUAGGCAUGCAUGAUCUAUUACGAGGGAUGGGAAGGGAGAUCGUUAAGGAAGAGUCACCUGAAAAUCCUGCGCAAAGGAGCAGAAUUUGGAGUCAAGAGGAUGCGUGGAUAGUACUCAAGAUGCAGAUGGGAACAGAAGUUGUAAAGGGCCUUACACUGGAUGUGAGAAGAUCAGAAGACAAAUCACUAAGCACUGGAUCAUUUACAAAAAUGAAAUUGUUAAAAUUACUCCAAAUCAAUGGCGUAGAACUCACCGGGUCUUUCGAACGGCUUUCUAAAGUGUUGACGUGGAUUUGUUGGCUUGAAUGUCCUUUGGAAUUUUUGCCAUCCGAUUUUACACUAGACUACCUAGUUGUUAUUGAUAUGCGGUACAGUAACAUCAGAGAACUAUGGAAGGAAAAAAAGAUUCUCAACAAACUAAAGAUUCUUGAUCUCAGUUAUUCAAAAAACCUUGUUAAAACACCAAACAUGCACAGUUUAAAUUUAGAGAAACUACUGCUUGAAGGUUGCUCAAGUUUAGUUGAGAUACAUCAAUGUAUUGGACAUUCAAAGUCUCUUGUAAGUUUGAAUAUUUCGGGAUGUUCACAACUUCAGAAGCUGCCAGAGUGCAUGGGUGAUAUUGAGUGCUUCACUGAGCUUCUAGCAGAUGGAAUUAACAACGAGCAAUUUCUCUCUUCAGUUGAACAUUUGAGGUGCGUGAGGAAGUUGUCAUUGCGCGGACACUGGGACUGGAACUGGAACUUACCAUAUUGGCCUUCACCAAAUUCUUCUUGGAUUCCAGCUUUUCUGCUAACUCCAACUUCCACUAUUUGGAGAUUAUUGGGAAAGCUAAAACUUGGUUAUGGUUUGUCUGAACGGGCAACUAAUUCUGUUGAUUUUGGAGGUUUAUCCUCUCUCGAAGAAUUGGAUUUAUCAGGAAACAAUUUCUUCAGCCUGCCUUCUGGCAUUGGCAUCCUUUCUAAGCUGCGGCUUUUGACCGUUCAGGAAUGCCGAAAUCUUGUAUCAAUCCCAGAGCUCCCCUCAAAUUUAGAACAUUUGGAUGCAUUUGGUUGCCAAUCAAUGCAAUGGGUAAGACUAACAAUCCAAGCAAAAAAAAAUCUAAAUCUGGAUCUGUUUUGUUGUCCGGAUUUAAUAGAGAUUCAAGGCAUGGAAGGUCUAAGUAAUCAUGGCUGGAUUAUUUCCCAAGUUACCAAGAGCAAGUUAUCAAAUAAUUAUAAGAAAAGUCUUGUUGAGGCAUUGUGCUAUGGUGGUUACGGGUAUCAUAUUCUCUUCAAUCAUUGUUAUACGUUCAGCCACAGAGAUAAGUUCACUAUGAUUCCAAAUUGGUUCAGCUACAGUGGAAAAGGAACUUCAUUAUCAUUUCAUAUACCUCCAGUUUUCCAAGGCUUGGUCGUUGGGGUUGCCUGUCAAUGCUUGUUAGGUCAUUUUGAAACUGCCAAAUUGGGUAUAAAAAAUAAAAGCAACGGUAUUCAAUUGUUUGAAGCAAAGGUAUGCGAUUUUGCCAGUAGAAAUUGGGUGAGAUACAUAAGUAUAAGUGAGAUGGCAAUGAAAGAAUAUUCUGGAGAUGAGGGAUUGGAACUGUUCGUGGAAGUUCGGGACAAAUUCCUGGAGAUGAUAGAAUACGCUGAAGUGUUUGAAUGUGGGAUACAUGUGAUAGUUGAAAAGACAGAUUCAUUUGAAGGGUCAGAGUGGGAUCAUGAGUCUGAAGUUGGAAGAGAUAGAGUAAUACCUGCACCGCCAUAUCUGUCUCAAAAUGCGCUGUACAAUUCCAUUGAGAUUGACGGCAAGCAAGGUCAGAGUAAUUUAUCAAAAUAUGCAGAGGAUCGGCUUCUUGAGAGAAUCUUCGAUUAUCAUUAUCUUAGACCCUUCGAUUAUUCGAUGAUUCCAAAAUGUUUCCGCUACCGUGGAGAAGGAUGUUCAUUAUCAUUUCGUAUACCUCUAGUUUUCGAAGGCUUGGUCAUUUGGGCUGUCUGUUCAGGUGGUGGGCGUCAAGAAUUCAAGGCUAUUAUAAAAAAUAAAAGCAACGGUAUUCAAUUGUUCGAAGCUACUCAUGCAAGACCCUAUUUCCGUAGUAGGUGGGUAAGAUUCAUAAGUAAACGUGAGAUGGCAAUGGAAAAAUAUUGUGGAGAUGAUGAAUUGGAACUACAUGUGAUAUUGAGGUCCAAAAAGAGUAUAGUGGUACGAUGUGGGAUCCAUGUGAUAGAGGCAUAUCCAUAUGAACGGAGCAUCUACGAUCAAACUCCAGCGUUGGAUCAUGACAUUGACUACUACGAGACUUCAUUUGAAGGGUCAGGGUUGGAUCAUGAGAUUGACAACCAAGAGUCCGGAGUUGAAAGCGAUAGAACGAUACCUUCACCACCAUAUCAUCUGCUUCAUCAUCCCCGUCAUGGUUCAAUGAGAUUUUCUACAAGGCAGCAGUGGAAAGCUUUUUUGAUUCGGGCAAGUGUUUGGAUGAACGUUUUGGAUUGGUGGGGGUAUCCAAUGUUGUUUACCGAGCACAUUAGACUCGCUGCUUUUGCAGUGGCCUGGAAUGGUGCAAGGCAAAUUCGAAAGGUAGGAGUGUCUUUAGAUGUUAUCCACUCUGCCUUGGUUAAUUGCAAAAGAUUUCUUUUGAAGGCAUUGCAAGAAAUUUCCAAUUUGGCUUGUGGCUUCAAAGUUUUGGGGCUCAAGUUUUAUGGUGGGAGAUGGAGAGUUGAGAUUGAUAUUGGCAAUCUGGGAUGGAGUGCGAUUGGACAAGUUAAUUAUAUUGGGAGCAAUGUCCAUGUUGUAGUUGUAUUGCUUGACAAAAGCCUUUACCAGAUCUUUCCAUUUCCGGAUCUUUGUGUUGUUCAAUCUCAUAUGGGGGGAAUGCGGAGGAAGAGAAGGAGAGAAAAAAAAAGGGGAGGCCACCUAGGCUUGGAAGGAGCAGCUGGUCUGGGCAGUCGCCCUAAGCUGGUGGCGGCGUCUGUGGAGGAGUCGGUGUUGCUGCUGCCGAUAUUGGAGAAGGAAGAAAACGAAAAUGGCGGUGCUGGUGGGCUGCUCCCGCUGUGGAGGAAAAAGGAGAAGCAGUCAGUGGAGAGGGAUAAGUGUGGUGGAGAGGGUGGCGGUCAAGCCGGCGGUGAUAGUGGUGGGGUCGCUGAGAGAAAAAGGCUGCCUGAGUUGGCCACUUUAGGCCGGCGCCAGGGCCGGUGUCAUAUUAAUAGGCCUGAACGGACCAUACUCGGGGAUAGAGGGGUUUCAGGUGACCAUUUUGGUGCAUGUGUUGUCAAUUUUGAUGGACAUAUAAGGCAUUAA